UGGCUCCGGCAGGCUCCCGAGUCCGCCGCCCCCUCGCUCCCACACCCCUGCUCUCUCACUCUCGUCCUCCUGCAAGUCGCAGGGAGGCCAGCCAGAUUCUCCCAUGGCCUCCGCGCUUGCUCAGGAGAAGGGCGUGCAGUGGACUCUGGAUGCGAUCGUAGACUUGUGGCACGUGGGCAGGCUGCAGAUCGAAGACCUCCCCGAAGGCCAGACGUACAGCAACGAGGAGACGGCUACAUGCAAGCACGUGGAGAGCAUAUUCAAGGACACCAGGGUGUUCCUUAGAGACACGCGCUUCUACGAGCGAGUGUGCAAGAGGUCUUCCGAUGUGUUUACCCACCAUCCCGUCUUAGUGAUCGGGAACUGGCGCCAGGGUAAGUCCACAUUGAUAAACGCCCUUACGGAUCCUGAUGGCCUUUCGGACCAGGGUAAGGCAAAGACAGGUCGCCGCUCAAGAACUACCAUGAAGGUUGCCCUGUACCCUCUAGAAACCUGUGGGCCAUUCAAAGUACUUCUAGCCGACUCACCUGGCCUGGAUCCCGACACAUCGUUCGACAUCAUGCAAAUGUACCGCGAUACUCUGAGGGAGCGAGGGUACUGCCCCGAUGUGCUCACCGAUUUGAUCGUCCUGGUGGUCGCAGGCACCUCGCAGGGAAUCUCUUCUCUGGAGUCGGAGGUCUUCGCCAACUGGAUCCGGGACGAGUACACGAAGGCGCGCGCCCAGUCGUGCGGCGGCUGCACCGUCUUGCCGGUCAUUACCCACGGCGACCACAUCGACCAGGAUCAGAGAAAUGAUCUGGAGGCGGACAAGAAAGUUGUCGAGGACCGCCUGAGGAAGAUCACCGCCCAGGUCGCCUCGGGCAGCGCGGCGCACCGCAGCGCGCAGCAUGGAGCCGCCGGUCAUGGAGCGCAGGCCCUUCGCUGUGACGCCUCGGCGCACGUCAUGGAGCCGCUGGUGGUGGUCAACCCAGACGCCAAGCACCAGCGGUUGGGGAGGGGCAUCGUAAUGCUGCGCGAGACCAUUGUGCGCGAGGUGAAAUCCAGGAGCCAGUCACGGGAGUUCAAGGCGCAGUGGUCCGGGAUGUUGACGAAAGACCUCCGCGAGGGCGUGGUGGAUUUCCGAGCGCGCCACCCUCACGACGAGACGGAGACGCGGCUGUUCCAUCGCACGGUGGCGGCCGUGCUGGCCACGUACGGCAAACGCUCGCCGAACAUCGACACCGCGCUCCCCAACGCCAGUUGGCACUUGUUGGACGGUAUUGAGCGCAAGCUGAGGCUGCAGGCGACAAACAUAUCCGUACUGACGGCCUCGCGGAGUGGACUCCGCGGCCGCGACCUCGUGGAUGCCGGGCAAAAGCGCGGCAUGGGACGGACGCCCCGCGCAACACGCCAUCCACGGGAUCGCGCAUCAACGUGACCGCGCCUCGGUGUCCAGACUGAGAGGGUAUGGAUAUGGACGUGAUCGUCGCUCCUGACCAGGGGCGAAGAGCAUUGGCGGGAUCGGUUCCUCGGCAAGAUGGUGGGUGCACUGCCAGUCUCGCCCAGAGAAGUGUCCCCCCUAUUCUGGCCGACUGUGGUUGUCAUUGGAGGCAGGCAGCUGUACAACUACCGCUCCAGCGUUGCGCAGCGCGCGAUCGAGUGGCUUAAGAAGGUGCUCUGAGUGGAUGAGUCCGACGCUCCAGAGACAGCACGCGUCCUCUGCGUCACUGGUCGCUCGGAUCUCGCAAGGGCGUGGCGCACCCCGUAGAGCGAGGCGGCGUCGCACGCGCCUCCAGUUUGCACGCCCUGUCGGCGCGAAGGCCAGGGCGCCACCACAGUUUCGAAGGAGCUCUAGCUCUUUGGGCUCUGCACUCCAG